AUGACAGCAACCCAAACAAAACCAGUUCAGCUUGAUUUAGGCGUGGUAGUGCUAAAAGAGCCAUUCUGGUAUUUACCAGAUAACAGUGAGGUUUGCAUUGAUGGGGAGCCACCUCCCCCGCAAAGGCAGUACCACAUCAAGCCAGAGGCCGAGGCUGCUGUUCAUGAGAUAGUCCAACAGCUUGAGAAGAGGGGCGUAGUUCGGCGAUGUUGUUCAACCACCAAUUCUCCGUGUUUACCAGUACCAAAACCGAAUGGAAACAUUAACAAGACCUUACUUCAUGAUGUUAAUCUUGUAAUAACACAUGUGACAUAUAAUAUCUCUAAUAUAGUGUCUGCUUAUGUACAACAUUGUAAUUCUAAUGACAACACCUAUACAUGGCUACAGUCACGCAUCGAUGAUUUAAUUUCUGAUUAUAAGACCAGACUUGCAGUCCAAGUACAGUCUGCCCGCACCAAACGAGAUUUAUUUGGUAAUAUAGCAGGUCUUUUUGGCUCAGCCAAUUCCAUAGCAAAUACUUAUAAAAUUACUGGACAAUCUCAAUUCUCAACAUGGUUGGCAAAUCAGAUGGCCACUGGUUUCCAGCAUAUCACUAAUAGCAAUGAAAAUAUUAUCAAAGCGGUCAGAUCUGAAGCGCAGGCGCUUCUCACGAUCAGCCAUACAAUUUUCAAUCAGACCCGUACCAUCGAGCGUGAUUUAGCCUGUAGAACAUAUGCACAAGAUUUGUUUACAGCAGCAAGACAAGAGAUCUUAGAUCUUCGUCUCCACAAGACCCCUAGACAUGUCUUAAAAGAUCUUAUUGAAAUUUUAGAUUUGCAUAGAUGGCUUAUGUCAGAAAAAAUGAAAGACAUUAACUAUUCUGAACUAUUAUCAACAUUAAUGAUGUAUACAGGAAAUGAAUGUACUGGCUGUAUUGGAUUUUUCGCCACUUUUCCUUUAAUUCACCCAGAUCAAGUUUACCUAAAUUCCACUACAAUACGCUCCAUUGGUAUAGUAGUGAAGGAUCAGAUCAUAAAAUGGGAUAAUCUUAUUGGGUAUAUGACCUUGAAGGGCACUGAGACCUUAUUUUCCACUCGCACCUGUUGCCAUGAAACAUCUAAUUACAUUAUCUGUACAUGCAAUACAUUACAACCUUUUUCUCACAAUAACUCUAAGCUCAUUAAUAUUCAAUCAUUGCAUGGCCAUUCUGAUGCUGUUCAAGUGUCUCACAGGCAGUGGUGCAUCGUCAGCGAGAUGAAUUCCUUCACCUAUGGAGAUCUGACCUGCCCAGCGAAUCACACCUUCUGCUUGGAGGUGAUGGAAGACUUUUCAAUGGGUCAGAUAAACAUCCUGGGGAGAGUUCCACUGGAUACAAGUGUCUCUCCAUGGUGGGAAGACACUUUCUACGAACAAGGCACACAAACCCUGGUUGACACGAUGAACUUGGUGCAGAACGCCAUCUUACAGACUGAAUACCAUCUCGUCCAAGCGCAGGUAGAAGCCAACCUGGCUAAGAAGACUGCAAACAUCCUGUCCAGCUCAUCCACCCGCUCAGCCCAAUAUGCCUACACAUGGUGGGACUGGGUGUUCCGAGGAUGUGUCAUUGGCAGUGUUCUCAUCUUCGUGUUUACUCUGUUUCAGUGUUGCUACUUCAGGUAUCUGCUUCACACUCUGCGUGCUUCAGCUUACGCUGCCAUCACACUUAGUCCAUUACAGGUGCCAGCCCUACAAAGACUCUGA